AGGUGCAUCAUCUACGCAAGCUUGAAUAUCUUCGCCUCAUUUUUGAUCGACUGCCCGCCGCCUUCUCUUCCCAGUUUCCGUCUUGGCUCCAUCUGAACCACGAGCAGCCAGCAGCACCAAGACGAGACAAGAGAACAGCCAGCCAGCCAGCCAUACACCCAGGGAGAUAUCAAGCAGCCAGAUCAUGUCGGCCAUCAUCAUCGCCAUUGUCGUUCUAGUCGUAGCAGCAGUCAUCGGAUUCGUCGCCUUUGUCGUUCUUUACCACCUCAAGCAAAGAAGAAAUGGAAUGCCUACGAGUGGUAUCUUGCCGCCUGUCGAUGCAUUCAAGUCAGCUUUCACAGGCAGAGGGACCGGUAGUAGAGGCAAUCAUAGUGCGGGCGGCGCUGGCAUUGGGGGUGCCUUUGGAUUGGGUCGUAUGGGCGGCAACAGUGGUGAAGAGCGGUCGACCCGCUUCGCAGCGCUUGAUGUCGAUGAAGCGUGGGAUACCCAUGUUGAUGAGGAAAUGGGCUACGACCAGAGCCGAUCAAAAGAUCAACGCUUGCAAAGUGGUCGCGGCAUGAGUGGUCGGCUGUCGCACGAAGAGUUGGAUGACCGCUACGAGUCUGUCAUGGAUGGCGGUGACGACGAUGAGAGAAAUCCCUUCGGAAGCGGUGCCUACGAUGCUGGAGAUGUGUCGCCUACAAAUGAUCAUCGCAAGUCUGCCUUCAAGGAAGCAGGCAUCUAGUCAUGAGACUUGAUGAGACGACGCCCAAUCACUUCAAUGGCCAUGGAGCGGAAAUUGUGAUCAUGGGCCACACCGUCCACACGAUUCAAUCAAAGUCGCGUUCGUCAAUUGACAACACUCACCUCACGAGUGGAGUUUCUUUGUUCUGUGGCAGGCGCUGCUUGCACGCACGCUGUUCUGAUGAAUUAGCUCUGAUGCUGGAUCU